CCGCCCCCCCUCCACGUGCCGCCUCCCGCACAGCGCCCGGGGGUCGGCGCGAGGCGGGAAGGCCGAGUGGGGGCGGAGCGGGGCGGCAGCGCCGGGCUGUGCCGAGCUGCAGGGCACGGGACCCCCCCGCUGGCACAGCGCGGCUGCAGGGCUUUUGGCGCGUUGGUUGCUGUUUUUUCCCCCCUCCUUUCCCUCUGCAGGAGAACAACUCAUCUCCCCACCCAGGAGCAGCUCCCUUCCUUCAGCUGAGCUUGGCGGGCCGUGCCGGACGUGUCUCCAAGGGCUCGCUCCCAGCAGCGUGCGGUGAGCACCCCAGGGUGCUGCUGGUCCUGCCCCAUCUGGGUCCCCACGCUCCUGCGCUGACGGUGGCACACGGAUGUCCACGAUGAAGGCCUGGUUCUCUGACUCGGGGCGAAGAGUGGAAGUUUUCAUGCCCUCUCGGUACUGGUACCGGCCGCUCACGGGGCGCUGCUGCCAGGCCUGCACCCCUAGGAGCUGGGAUGGCUUCUACCAUGCGCACCUCUCCUCCCUUGGCUUCCGCAGUGUCACCUGGGUGACGGAGGAGGACACCAGGUACCGGGGCUGGCUGGUGCGACAGAUCUGCUGUGUCCUGGCUGUAUGUGGCUGGAAAGUGCUCGCCAACACCCCCAGGGACCUCCCGGAGAGAGUCUGCAGCAGCAAGAGGGUGCAGGACGUUGCUGCCAGCCAGGCAUGUGGCUGCAGAGGGAACAGCAAGUUCCAGCAGCACUGGAAGGAGAAAGUCCUCAGGAUCCUGGCUGGGAUCCAGGCCCCGCUCUGCCUUCCCAUGCUCAGGCUGUGCAGCUGGACCCUGCUCCGCUUCCUGAGCCACCUCUUUCUCAGCGUGCAGCUGCACCGGGGGCAGCUGGAGAUGGUGCUGAGGGCUGCCAGGACGCCUGGCGUGCCGCUGGUUUUCCUCUCCACCCACAAGUCCCAGCUGGAUGGGCUGCUCCUCUCCUUCCUUCUCUUCUCCCAGGGCCUGGGGGUGCCCAGGGUGAUGGUGGGUGACUUGACCUGCAGCCCUCUCCUCCGGACCUUGCUUGGCUGCCUGGGAGCAGUGUUCCUGCCCCCGAGGGUGGAGCAGGCAUCGAGCACCCAGGACGGAGAGCUCCUGGCAGCUGUGCUGGCCUCGUACGUCGAGGAGGUGCUGAGGAGCCGACAGCCUCUGGUGGUCUUCCUGGAGGAGCCCCAUGCCCCGUGGCACCUCUCUGGCCCUGCCUGCGUGUGGCUGGCCCCGCUUUACCGCGCCGUGCGGGAUGGUGUUGUGCCUGACAUACUCCUCAUCCCCGUGGGCAUUGCCUAUGACCGGACCCCGGACGGAUUCUGCAGGGAUGGAGUGCAGAGUGCUCAGCCCCUUGGCCUUGGGGGCUGCCUCUGGGCUGCGUGCCAAGCCCUGUGCCGACGCUUCGGCUGUGCCCGCGUGGACUUGGCCCAGCCCUUCUCCUUGCAGGAGUUUGUGGCAAAAAAACUCCUCUGCUGGAGCAGCAUGGGGAAGCCGCUGGAGGAGUUGCUGCCUACCAUCCUCGGCAUGCCCUCCAGCCAGCUGGAUUACAGCAGGGCAGAGGAUCAGGAGCACAGAGUGACAACCAGCUCGAAGGCAGAAGAGGAAAUGAUGGUGACCAAGAUGGGCCUGCAUGCUCUGAGUGAUGCCAUUGCCUGCUCCGCCGUCACGGCCGUGGGGAUCACGUCUGCGCUGCUGCUGCACAAGCACCGCAAGUGCGUGCAGCUCUCCCAGCUCAUGGCGGACUUUGCGUGGCUGUUGGAGGAGACGCUGCUGCGGCAGCACGAUGUGAGCUUCUCGGGGCAGCUCCGUGCCCUGGUGCUGCACAGCCUGGGCCUGCUCAGAGCCCACGUCACCCUCUACCACCUCGCACCCCUCGGCGAUGUCCUGGUGGUUGUCAAGGACUCGGCAGAGACGCGGUGGGAGCUGAGCCGCCAAAGUAUCCAACUCGUGCCCGUCUUCGGCAGUGAGGCGGUGGGAGCCUGCGCCAUUCGUGCCUUGCUGGUGGAGAUGCUGCCCUUUGUGGGGGAGGCUCCCUGCCCCUCCAGCAUCAUCUUCAGUGAGGAUGAGCUGCACCGCAAGAUCCUGGCACUGCUGCAGCUGCUGCCCCCCAGCUUGCUGGGGCUGAAGCCCUGCCAGCCCCUCGACUGCCACAGCCAGGACGUCUUGGACAAGCUCACGCUGUGCGGGCUGCUGGAAGCUGAAGAGGAGGGCGAGCACUAUCUCUGCGAUGUGCCCUCAUGGCGACUCAGCAGGACAGAGCACUGGAGCAACCUGGACUUCAGCGACAGCGACAGUGACAGUGAUGACUGCCACCACAAACGCUGCUUCAGGAUCCGUGAGCCCAAAGACUCACCAGGCUUGCUCCUCUUCUUCUGUCACCUCCUCAAGCCUGUGCUGGUGACCUAUGUGCGAGCGGUGGCUUUCCUGGAGCAACACAGCUGGCCCCAGCCUGAAGCAACAUGUGCAGGCGCACUGCAGCAGUUCCUGGCGGAGGAGGAUGGUCUGGAGUGCCCCAUGUGGAACCUGGCGCUGAGCACGCUGCAGAGCUUCAAGAACAUAGGGGUGCUGGAGGAGACGCCGAGCCCCUCGGGGCCCCUUCUGCACCUCGCACAGCCUUUCUGCUCCAGCGAGGGCCGGGGAAAGCUGCGAGCCUUCCUUGAGCAGUUCAUGCAGCUGUAG